CAACUGGCCUUGGGAGUGGAUGUGGAGAGAGAGAGAGAGAUAGAGUUUAAUGAUGAUGGUCUAGUAAGCUGGACCUGUGAAUUAUUUACUCAUAGCCAGCCAGCUUCUGUUAGUAGAGUGCGCAGUAAAAUCUGUUCAGUGUGUAGUCAGCUGAUUCUUUUUAGAUGCAGAAGUAACAUCACAGAUAUGGCUGUGACCACUGGCUCUAUAUUUGUGGAUGUUCUAAUAGCUGUCAUUCCUGCUCUAUACCUAGUGUACUGGUACAUCACAAACAAUAACGACUACUGGGACAAAAGAGGUGUACCUAAUGUCAAAAAAGGACUGUUCUGGGGCACCUUCCUAGGCAAACAGUCACAAACAGAUGCAGUUUUGGAGAUUUACAAACAGUUCCCUGAUGAAAAGUACGCAGGACUUUUUCAAUUCAAAAGACCUGUUCUUAUGGUGAGGGACCCAGUCUUAAUCAACAAGGUUCUAGUGAAAGAUUUCACUUACUUUCAAGACAGAGGAGGACCUAUAGUUAAAAAAGAUAUCUUCUCCAAAAAUCUGUUUGGAUUAAGGGGACAGGUAUGGCGGGCACUGAGAUACAAGUUGACACCUACCUUCACGACAGGCAAACUGAGAGGAAUGUUUGAGCAAAUUUCAAAAAGUGGAGAUAACAUGGUUGAAAAACUCAAGGAGCAUUCAUCCACAAAGGAAACUGCAAGAGAUGUAGAUCCCAAAAAUGUCCUGUUUGAAUUCACCUUAGAUGUAAUUGCAAGUUGCGCUUUUGGUUUGCAGUUUCAACCAAACACUCCUGACUUCAACAAGUUCAAGUCGAUUGUUGAAAAGAUGUUUACCUUUUCCCCUUUGCGGUUUAUAAGAUUUGCUUUCGUAACUAUAGCACCGAAAAUAUCUGACUUCCUUAACAUUAGCAUGUCGUCCAGUGAGGCUGCAGAAUAUUUUACCAACCUGACAAAAGCCACCAUUAAAUAUCGUAAGGAAAACAAUGUCCAAAGGAACGACUACUUCCAGAUGCUGUUAUCACUCAAGGAGCAAGAAGAGAGUGGGAAAGACAUGUCCCAUGUGGUACCCGCUCAUGUUACUGAGGAUGAUGCAGUCAUUGACCAGAUGCAUUACACUCAGGAGGAUGACCAGUCCAUAGAUACACCUGAGAAAUUGUUCUCAGAAGAAGCACUCACUUCAAACACUGUCAUCUUCCUCUCUGCUGGUUCCGAGACAGUGGCCCGUACUAUUGGCUAUACUCUGUUUGAGAUAUCCAGGCACCCAGAUAUUCAACAGAAGCUUCAACAGGAAGUGGACUCUGUUUUGUCCAGGCACAGGGGCUGGUCAUACGACGCACUCAAGGAAAUGACGUAUCUGGACGAGGUCGUACAAGAGUCACAAAGGAUGAACAACCUUCUGCCCAUGCUGAUGCGAGAAUGUGUCCGACCCUACAAGGUACCUGAUUCGGAUCUCAUCAUAGAGAAGGGAACGCUGAUUCUCAUUCCUGUUACUGGUCUACACAAGGACCUUCAAUACUACCCCGAGCCUUGCCAGUUUAAUCCAGACAGAUUCAAGGGUAACAACUUCAAGCCCAGCUCUACAUUCUUACCCUUUGGCGAUGGACCAAGGAUUUGCAUUGCCAUGAGAUUUGCAGUGAUGGAGGUGAAGGCUGGUGUGGCCAAAGUCAUGUCUCAAUACACAGUGGAACUCAGCGACAAAAACUCAACUGCCUCUUCAGUACGAAGUUCGUUCGUUUAUACCAUCAGUUAAAAACGGAAUUUUCCUUUCUUUUCAAAGGAGAUCGUUGAAACCAGAAGUGUCAUAGUAGUUUAGUAAAAUGGUAUUGUUACUCUAUUGCUUAAUUAACGACUUUAUUUUUUAUUAUGCGCUACACUAUUAGUUACCAU